AUGGAACUCGGCCCCAGCCCAGGGAAAAUAGAGCCGGAGGAGGUUCGGGCAGUGCCGGCCCGGCCACCCCCGCCCCAGCGCUCUCCCCGUCGCACCUCCCGGGCAGUUGGAGCACAGACCCGCCCGACGUACCCAAAGGGGCCGGGGCGGGAGCCCAGGGAAGAGGUGGGUGAGGCCGUCCCCGUGCCCCCCGGGCACCGUCAGCGGGGUCCCGCCUCUCCCUACCCGGGCAGGGAGCCCCGUCCUCGCCGCAGCCCCGAGCGCUUCCCGCCGCCAGGCCGAGCUCGACACUCCCGGUCCUGGUACGCCUCGAGGUGCGGUGCCGGUGCCGCCGGCGGCGGGUGGGAUCGCAGUGCGGGGCAGCAGCGGCUCCAUCCCGCUCCUGCUGCCGCCGCCGGUGUCAAAUUCCAACCGCCGUCACCUGACCGCCGGGGCGGGCAACGGCACCGGGAUCCCAAUCCGCACCGGCAUCAAGACAAGAUCUCGACCGGCACCGCGACCCACACGGCAGCAGCACCAGGACUCCGAUCAGCACACGCAGUGGGACCGCCCCGGGACAGUAGCCACUGCCCUGCCAGCAUCAGCAUCGGCUCCGAGCCGCCGCCGAGCUCCCGCGGACUUGAAUCCCGCCUAGAACGGCACCGGGACCCCCCGCAGCACCCAUCCCCGCCAUCACCACCUGCCCGCUGGCCCAGCCCAGGGCCGGCGGACACCUCUUGGCACCGCCGGGCAGAUGGACACGCAGCUCGUACGGACGAAAGGACGGAAAGACGGACUAACUCCCCGUGA